AUGGCCAUGAUGACCGCGGAAAACAAAUUCGACCCGCUCAGGAUCAAUCUUGCAAAACAAAAACGCGCCCUCCGCGCUCUUCUGCCUCCCGAUUCUUUUCAUAUCCAACAUAUAACAGAAGCGAACAUACCAACCAACGCUCUAUCCACGUUAUCUCGCUUGCUAGCUGUCCCAGCUCUCACUCUGACUAUCGCCGAUCUGUUCAGACCUCUUUUGAUUGAUUUAUGCGCCAGAUGGCUUCACGACGAUGACGAUAUCGAAGACAGGUUCAUCGCAUUUUGUCUCCUCAUAGAGAUUCAUGAGGAGUUAUAUCCAUGCUUAUAUGCUUUCUUGCAAAAACCAUGUCUAUCCAAAGGACCACUUGCUUUCAUAGCUGCGGCUACUUCUGUUGCUGAAAUUGAAACCACUCGUCUGCACCGCAUGUUGCUUGCAUAUUAUCGCCUUCUCCGCGCUAAUCGUCUCCUUCCCAAGCAUCUACUAUGGGACGGGUCGCUAUUAUCCAAACUACUCUUCCCGCCUCACCCUGACACAGGUAUACGGUUGCUCGCUGCUCGGUGCUAUGCGUCGCAUGUUAGCAUGGCAGAAAUUGAGCGCGAGAGGCUUAUCACCCAUGUCCUCGGCGAGUUUUGCGGCGUUGAUUGUCCAAUUAACUAUGGCCAGACUAUCGACGGGACUGUCGUUGAGACCGACGGCUGGCUCGUGCCUACAUUGGAAAUAAAGCGUAUUCAUGAUGCACGCGACGCUAUUCUCGAAAGUUCCGAUUUUUACUCUCUUGACGCAGAGGAUGUAUUGGAGCCUCUCUCGGAGACAGACUUGAGUCCCUGGGUUGCUAACAUCCAUGGUUUAUUGAUGCUCAAGUCAUCUCCAACCAUGCCUUCUCCUUCAGACAUCAUUGCAACACCUUCCGCUAUCGCUGCUCUCCGUGAGAUUGCAGCAUACAUCUCUCUUCGCUUGCCUAUCCUCCUAUCUUCCCCACCUUCCUCUGGAAAAUCGCUCUUCACAUCAUAUCUCGCUUCCAGAUUACACCCGAUGAUGUCAGUCAACGAGCUCAUCGUGACCGUUCAUCUAGCCGACGCGUCCCUCGACCCUCGGGCUCUUCUUGGCUCGUACAUUUCCUCACCAACACAACCUGGGACUUUUGAGUGGAAGGAUGGUGUCCUUGUACGCGCACUGCGCGAGGGGCGCUGGCUGGUGCUUUCUGACAUAGAUCGUGCUAGCAUGGAAGUUUUAGCCCUGCUGAAACCACUUGUCGAGAGUAUGGGCCUUGGGAAUUGGAUUGGACACCGCGCAGGUAUAGAGGUCCCCGGAAAGGGCCGCGUCGAGGCGCGUGAAGGUUUUGCCCUCUUUGCCACUCGAUCGCUUGCUGUUGGGCACGGAAAGAAGGUGCCUCCCCCAACAUUCUUUGGUUCACAUAAAUGGCAUGAAGUGAUGGUGGACGCACCAGACGCAGAAGAGGUUAGAUCUAUCAUGGAAAGCAGGUUCCCGAAGAUUGCGGGAGCUGCUGCGGCUCUUAUCAAGGUCUGGGGUGAUGUGCAAGCACUCGGCUCAACAUCAUCUUCCCGUCCUGUUGGCCUACGCGAACUUCAGAAGUUUUGUCAGCGAGUUGAGCGCCUCCUGCCGUCCAGCCACACAGUGGAUGUGGACAUGGGUAACGACAUGCAGUUACCACUCUCAAACAUCUUCCCCAAUCCAAGCCUUCGUGAAGAAAUAUUCCUCGAGGCCCGUGAUGUCUUUUUCGGUGCGGGCACUCUCACUGCGUCUGCGCGUGCACACUCCGCGCGGGUUUCCUCUGUUAUUGGGGCACACUUGGAUCUAGACGCAGAGCGGCAGGCAUGGUUGCUUCUGAGACACACAUCGGAUUUCGAAAUUGAGAAAGAUGUGAACGGGGAUGUGCUCGCCGCACGCUGUGGGCGCACACGUCUCCCCGCUCGUCCCGUGAAGGGCAUGAGCACUGGUGCAUCCUCACGACCAUUCGCCCUGCACAAGCCAGCUCUGUUACUCCUCUCGCGCAUCAGCACUGCACUCGCGCUGUCCGAGCCCGUCCUGCUUACUGGCGAGACUGGUACGGGUAAGACGAGCGCAGUAACAUACCUUGCAUCAUUGCUGAGGCGUCCACUGAUUUCCCUCAAUCUCUCACACCAGACAGAAGCUUCGGAUCUUCUGGGAGGUUUUCGUCCUGUUGACGCACGUGUCAGGGGGAGCGAGUUGAUGGAACAUUGGAGUGAGCUAUUUGGGGGGAACGUUCAGCCGCAAGCGAAAUGCGGGCUUCGAGGACGGUUUGAGGAAAGCUGUGAGGGAAGGACGGUGGAAGAGGGCUGUUGGGAGAACGACCCUGACGCGCCGAGGAAACGAAGGAAACUCGAGGCUGAGAUGAAGGUCUCUGAAUCGGACUGGGAACGGUUUGAGAAGGAUGUGGAUGAAUUUGAUCUUCAACAUGCACAAGGGAAAGGCAAAUUCACGUUUGAUUUUGUGGAGGGUCCACUUGUGAAGGCUCUACGCGCUGGUGAUUGGAUUCUCCUUGACGAGAUCAACCUGGCAAGUCCCGAGACGCUAGAAUGUAUUACAGGCCUCCUGCGCGGUCCAACAGCCUCCAUCACGCUUACCGAGCAAGGCUCUCUGUCUGCUGUCCCACGGCAUCCUGAUUUCCGUCUCUUCGCAUGCAUGAACCCCGCUACUGACGUCGGCAAGAAGGACCUCCCGCCCACCAUCCGUGCGCGCUUCACAGAAAUUGAUGUCCCUCCCCCCGAUGCAGAUCGCGAAACUCUUAUCAGCAUUGUUUCACAGUAUAUUGGAGCAAGUGCGGUCGGUGAUAAAGGUGCUGUGAUGGAUGUUGCAGAGUUCUACAUCUCUGUCAAGGGUGCAGAGCUCGCAGAUGGCUCAAACAAGAAGCCACAUUACAGUAUGCGCACGCUUGCGAGAGCCCUGACGUUUGCUGCAGAUAUUGCAGGGCUGUUCGGGUUGCGACGGGCGCUUUGGGAGGGGAUGUUGAUGGCAUUCACUAUGGUGUUAGACGGGGGAAGCGCGGAAACUGUAACCGCCCUUGCACAGAAGCAUAUCCUUGCUGGUGUCCGCAAUCCUCGAUCGUUGCUUGCUAGGGAACCGAAUUUUUCUCCUGGGCGGUCUAUAGAAGAAUCCACCAAGUUUGGACCGUUUCAUCUAGAGAAGGGACCACUCCCUGAGGAUCCCAUGGAGGAAUAUAUCAUGACACCAUCAGUCGAGAAGAAGCUCAUCGACCUCGCAAGAAUCGUCUUGACUCGACGCUUUCCUGUGUUGAUUGAAGGACCCACCUCAGCAGGCAAAACGAGUGCAGUGGAGUAUCUCGCUCGCAGAACCGGCCACCGCUUUAUCCGCAUCAACAACCAUGAGCACACUGACGUGCAGGAAUACCUCGGCUCAUACGUUUCUGAUCCUGCUACCGGCAAGCUCGUGUUCAAAGAUGGCUUGCUCGUCCAUGCUCUCCGACAUGGACAUUGGAUCGUACUGGAUGAGCUGAAUUUGGCACCUACAGACGUGUUGGAAGCUCUUAAUCGGCUGCUAGAUGACAACCGGGAGCUUGUCGUUCCGGAGACACAAGAGGUCAUUCGCCCACAUCCACACUUUAUGCUAUUCGCAACGCAAAAUCCCCCUGGCCUAUAUGCAGGGAGGAAGGUUUUGUCUCGUGCCUUCCGAAACCGUUUCCUCGAAGUUCACUUCCAGGAUGUGCCCCAAGCUGAGCUUGAAACUAUUCUCUGCCAGCGUUGUCGUAUUGCGCCUUCCUAUGGCCAGAAAAUCGUCAGCGUGUUCCGUGAAUUGCAGAAAACGUCGUGGGCCGGUCGUGAUGCAGUGGGUUAUCAGGAGUUAGCAGAGAAUGGGUAUAUGCUACUUGCGGAACGUGCACGACGCGAGGACGACAAAGUCGUGGUGAAGGAGGUCAUAGAAUCCAUCAUGAAAGUCCGCAUCGACGAGCGGACGAUCUACGAUAUUCAUUCCACAAUGGGGGAUGCACAGACCUUUUUAGGAUGCCCCAUACCGCCAGACUCGCAGGUCGUCUGGACGAGUGCGAUGCAACGGCUCUUUGUCCUGGUGUCACGUGCUCUACGGUUCAAUGAACCUGUGCUUUUGGUGGGAGAGACAGGUUCCGGAAAGACAUCUGUCUGUCAGCUUUAUGCGGAAGUCGUCUCCAAGCAUUUGUAUACACUAAACUGCCACCAAAACACAGAAACCGCAGACCUUAUCGGUGGCUUGCGACCUGUACGCAACCGUGCAUCAGCCGAGGCCAAUAUCAUCCGUGAUGCUAAUGCCAUCCUUGAGCGCGCGGGCAUUGACGACAUACCUUCUGAUUCCCAACAACUGUUGUCCCGAAUAAACACGCUCCUUAAGGCGGGCAAGGAUUUGGACCCGUCGUUCCUGACUCCCUUACGCGAUAUUCAGGAGAACCUCAACCGGAUCUGCUGCUUGUUUGAAUGGCAUGAUGGGCCGUUAGUUCGCGCAAUGCGUGAAGGACACGUUUUCCUUCUCGACGAGAUCUCCCUUGCCGAUGAUUCUGUUCUAGAACGUCUGAACAGCGUCCUGGAACCUGGCCGCACGAUCGUGCUUGCAGAACGUGGCGGUGUUGAUGGUGAUUAUCCCGCCAUACAUGCUUCCAAUGAUUUCAAGUUGCUUGCUACCAUGAAUCCCGGCGGUGAUUAUGGGAAGAAAGAGCUAUCUCCUGCUCUACGAAACCGCUUCACGGAGAUUUGGGUACCAGCCGUAACCAGUCAGGCGGAUUUGCGGUUGAUUGUCGACUACUCAUGGAAGCACGACUCCAUGAAGCCGUUCACGGGUCCGCUCCUGCAGUUUACUGACUGGCUUCGGGAUAGAGUUCACGACCCUGCUAUUUGCUCCCUGCGAGAUAUAUUGGCUUGGGUGACAUUUACUAAUGCUGCGUAUUCUGGCAGCGCAGAAAACCUCCAUGUUACCGGCAGAAAUAUUCGUAUGUUGGAAUUGUGUGUUCAGGCAAUUUGGUUGUUGACAAUAUCCCAGCAUCAUGCGGCUCACAUGACUUUCCUCGACGGUCUUGGAUCCUUGCCACAGCUAGCUUCUUACUCGUCUGAUGCGCUGAGUCAGCUGAGGAAUGACGCCAUUGAGAAGCUGCAGAUGCUCAUGCCUUUCGAAGAAGCCGAACAGUCGUACGCUUUUGAUGCAUCGAACUUCGUGCAACUUGGGUCUUUUGCCAUCCCUAAAGGCCCAUUAAUAUCGGUAUUGCAUAACUUCAAUCUGCAGGCGCCGACUGCUCGUGAGAACGCAAUGCGAGUGGUCAGGGCAUGUCAGGUCUCCAAGCCGGUCCUCCUGGAAGGCAGUCCAGGUGUCGGAAAAACCAGUUUGAUCGCUACUCUUGCCAUGCUUUCAGGAUAUCAUCUCUGUCGGAUCAAUCUGUCCGACCAAACGGAUCUCAUGGAUCUUUUUGGUUCUGAUCUUCCCGUUGAGAAUGGCUCUCCCGGAGAAUUCGCCUGGAAAGAUGCCGAAUUUUUGACAGCCAUGCAAGAAGGACAUUGGGUUCUCCUCGAUGAGAUGAAUCUCGCACCCCAGGCUAUCCUCGAGGGGCUUAAUGCUGUUCUAGACCACCGAGGUACUGUUUACAUUCCCGAGCUUGGGAGAUCCUUCGUUCGGCAUCCCGCUUUCCGUGUUUUCGCGGCACAAAAUCCACUCCAACAGGGAGGAGGUCGCAAGGGACUUCCAAAGUCUUUUCUGGACCGGUUCACGAAGGUCUAUAUUGAGGAGCUAUCUCCCGAGGAUCUUCUUCUUGUCUGCCGAGAACGUUUCAAGGGUUGUGAUGAGGACAUGCUACGCGCCAUGAUCGCAUACAACAACCGCCUGAACCAGGAAGUUGUACACAGGAGGACUUUUGGUCGCGAUGGCAGUCCUUGGGAAUUCAACCUUCGCGAUGUUCUCCGCUGGGGAGAGCUAUUGCAAUCAUCGCCCAUUUCACAUCAUCCUCGAGAUUUCUUGCGAGUCAUCUACCUCAGCAGGUUCAGGACUCUCGCCGAUCGUAACUGCGCCCAACAAUUGUUCGAUCAAACCUUUUCUCCAUCUAGUCCGACUAUCCUUCAUAAUCCGCAUCCUGUCAUAUCAUCGUCACACUUCCGUGUCGGUCACUACCUCGUAGAGCGACGUAACAAUACCCUUAGCGUUCGACCCAGGUGCCUACUACAAGCACACUUAGCUAUGCUAGAAGCCAUUGGGGCAUGUCUCUCAAGGUCGUGGUUAGUCGUUGUUACAGGACGACACGACAGCGGUAAGUCGGAACUCAUCCGUACUGUCGCUGACCUUUCAGGGAAUAUCCUUCAUGAGAUAACCAUCACGAGUUCCACUGAUACCAUGGAUAUUCUUGGAGGUUUCGAGCAAAUGGACCAUCAUACGCGGGUACUUGCUCUCGUUAAAGACAUUAUCGGUUUUGGCGAAAGUCGUUCUAGAUGCCUGUCUAGCUGUGCCACUGAUCACCAGACUUUUCUUUCGCUUCUCCUCGAGUUACAUUCAUCACCUCCUCCAUCCUCCAACUCCCUGCUCCGUUCUGCAGCACAAGUACUAUCAUCCUUUGCUGACGAUCAUUCUUCGGAUGAAGCGCGGGCCUUAUUGUAUCGCGUUCAACAAUUAUCGUCCGCAGUGACAUCAAGUGGCCAAUUUGAAUGGGUCGAUGGACCUCUCGUACGCGCAAUCAAGCAAGGACAUUGGAUAGUUCUGGACGGCGCGAAUCUCUGUAAUCCUUCCGUCCUCGAUCGACUGAACUCUCUUUGUGAACCUGGUGGAGUUCUCGUUCUCAGCGAGAGAGGAUAUGUCAAUGGUGCUGUACAAACGCUCAAACCGCAUCCCAACUUUCGCAUGUUUAUGACAUCUGACCCUCGAUAUGGCGAGCUAUCGCGUGCGAUGCGAAAUCGUGGUAUUGAAGUGUCAUUGGCUGCUUCCUUCUCUUCAGAAGACGAACUUCGCCUCCGACUUCAUCGCCGACUUCCUACGACCGUGUUAGACACAGGUCCUCCUUUUGCUGUGACACUCGAGCUUGCACGCAGAGGAAUUUACUACACUCAUCGCGGGGAAGGUAGCGACUCAUGGCCGUCUGGGUUAGUUGAAGAAGAGUCUUCCACAUCUUCAUUGAUCACUCUGGCACCGUUCCUUCGACCAUCCAAACCGGACCUGCGCGCUAUGAUUCAUUUCAUACUAAGGACCAUCUCUUUGAAUGUGACUCCUUCGUUGCGGCGCUUUAUGAAGCUGGCAAUGCCUCCGUGCUCAUCACAGUCUAUUUUGGACGAUGCCCUUUCCUCGGGAGCUUUCAAGCUCUUUGCUGAGUGGCGAAAAGAUCUCCUCGCUUCCCGAGUGACGAAUGACGCUAUUACAGCUCUGCCAGUGGAUACUUUCAUGGUCUGUCCGCCAUGCAAGUUCUGCAAUCAUGAAAACGGACAUCACCCAAUACACUUGAUGCUCCUUCAAACUUUGAACUUAAUCGCUGCAAUAUUUAUCGAUGACACCGAGCGAACUGAGGUGCCACAAGAACUGCAUGGCAUAGGUGCGAGCAAGAUGACUUUACCAACACGUCAGCACCAUCCGACAUACUUACGACUGUUGGAUGCUAUUCGUGAAGUUUUGGAAGAGCUGGUGGACCUUGAACUCGCCCUCAAACUACUUAGUAUUUCCAGGCAACUCCGACGAUCAGGAACGGGCACAUAUGUCGAUUACUCCUCAAUACAGGCAUGCUCUAGGUCAAUCGUUGCCGCAUUGCAAUCACGGGGUCCAGCGUUUGAACGUCUCGCAAGUGUUUCUGCUGUGUUGGAUGAGGCAGUUUCCCCCACCUCUGGACUAGGCUUGACAGACAUGUGGACGCAUUUGUUCGCACCGACGACUAUCGAAGUCUCGCUUCCAGAGAUCAGAAGUCUCGAGUAUGCCUCUGGGCAACUACAUCAAGGCUUAAAUCAGCACAUCCGCCGCAGACAAAUUCUAGAAGUCUUAUCCCUUUAUACCCUUCCGCUCAUGAGCAUAGUAUCCAUCGACUUAGAUAUGGAAUUGGCACACACGGUAAAAGAAAAGGUUGCUUUGAAUUUCCAAGGGGGCAAUGAUUCUUUCAAGCGACAUGCCGACCCCUCUCUCCUUAUAUGCGAAUUGCCCUGGUUGAGUGACAUUCGUGAGGCCUUGUCAUCGUCAUCAUCAUCAUCAUCGAUCAUUCCUUCUGUCAUAAAACGCUUGAUUGACGUAGCAUGUGAGGAACCACGCGAGGAUCUCAUUCGCUUUGCAUCGUAUCAGCAUUUCAUAUGGGCGCAUGACGCAGGAGGGGGAGGCAAGCGCGCCACUAUUUCCCACGCAUCUCUUGACUGCUUUGCAGACUCGAUGGCUUGCAAGUCUGUGGAAUUCAAGUGUGACCCAGGCUUCAAGCACGGAGCGUUUCACUAUCUUCCCUCGAAGGGCACGAGGGUUCUGUUUGUCGUCACCUACGGCUGCUCUCUAUGCAAUGUGUUGUUCAUGAGUCGCGGGUACAACAAUUGUCAGCAUUCAUGUAUCAAUGCAUUUUAUCCAUCUCCUGUCAAUAGCAGCGCCUUCCCCAUGACAAUGUUGUCUCUCCUCGAAAGUUCCAAGCACGAGCCCUUGAAAGCAGCUAUCCAUCUGUUUCUGCGCCCCAACCUCAUACGGUUCGCAACCGACCGCCAGCCACGAGACGUGAUGAUGGCUCGCUUAGGACAUUGCUAUAUUUCCCUCAGCAGAGUGAUUCUUAACCUAUUCAUUCCUGAUCUUCCGGUAGACCCCGCAGCCGUGAUCCAUCGUUUAGCGGAAUAUUCGCAAGAAGAGACUGAUUUUAUGUCUACCCAGUCGUCUCUCCAUAAAGCAUGGGAACACCGAACUGCUGGCAAUCUAUUCAACAGUGUUAUACAAUAUCUCGAUGCUUUAUCCGAAGCAGAACACAAAAAUCUUCCCUUGGGUUCCUCAAACCUUCCCCGACGACCUGAUGGUAACCGCAUUCACGCAUUUUGGUCCGAGGUUUCGCAGCUUCAAAGUCAAGUCAUCCAACCCAGCAAGGUCGAUGAUUUAACUGCCGUUCUUGAAACCGGCGAUCCUUCUGCUUUCGCGCGCGAAUCUGUGAUGCAGGAAUCAAUAUCCGGGUUUUGUCAACGGAUGGACAAUCUCUACCACGACUUUAGAGAUAUUGCAAAAAUUAUCCACAUGGCGCUCCUCCUCCUCCGUCUCGGAAUCCGACUUGUUCGCUGUUCUGCGCAGCAAAUGUCCUACGCACAGCAUACUCAACAGAACAUAGUCGCUGCUUCCCUGGUGACAUAUCCAUCUCUUCGCAGUGCGCAACUGUUACAAACGCAACUUGAACAAGGAGCUGCAUCCGGAGCAUCCGCUUCUGACCAAGUCCUACUGCAUGUGUCAGCCAUAGGUCUCCAUGCUGCCAUGUCGGGCCUCGCUCCCCACGCUGCUGCUGUCCAUGCGGCAUAUGAGCAGGCAUUCAGACUCUGGACUAUGGACCGCACUCGCCAAGACGAGAAGGAACAUGAUGACUCAUCGCUAUACAGACGUAGCGCCCUUAAUCAUGAUGCCUCCACAGAAGUUGAAGCGGAACAGAAAGAGUUUUUGGAGCUGUUCCCGACAUUUGAGGACGCACUCGCUAGUCCUGACGGCAUACCCAACAAGACUCACGAAAAGCCCUCUGAGUUCUUUAGUGUUUCUGCAGCCGAAACGCUGCUGGGGAUGCACUUCGGACUCGCUGGAGUUGCUAGUAUCGGUAUCAGUGUUGGAGGUCCCAAUACGAGGUUUAAUUCAUCUCGUCGGUCGGUUCUGAACACGCUCCUCGACAGUCGAUAUCCCACUCUCCCAGACACCCUUGACGAUGAUUCGUUGCACGAACAACUUUCUUUGGUUCACGACCAUCUUCUUACGCUGAAGUCUCAAGAGUGCAUCACCGGACAGCUCUUCAACUUCUACACUGACGGGAAUAUUAGAGAGGCGAAGAAGGCCCUUGCAACGGUGGACUCUCUUAGAAUGCGAUUGAUCGCGCUCGUCGAAGACUGGCCGGAUCAGAUGGUUUUACAGCACCUGAAAGACCGCUGCGAUGCGUUCUUGGCCCUGGACAUAAACAGUCCCAUUGCCAAACUGUUGUCCGGCCUGGAACAAAUCAUACUGCAGACAGACGGCUGGGAAAUGUACGCACACCGUGGAAAUAGCCUCAGGGCACAUCAGCAAGAGUUGACAAUGCUCGUCGUAGAAUGGAGACGCUUGGAACUGUCGUGCUGGAAAGUGCUAUUACAGUCUCAGUCUGACUCGUUCGUCAAAGGAGUGUCGGAAUUUUGGUUCCGGCUGUAUGAUCUCACAGUGCGUGGCACGCUUAGUGCAGCUCAUGAGGAUGGCCCCGCUACUGGAGUUCUCCAACAAUAUCUCAGGCAACUACCAUCGCUCCUGGACGACUUCAUGCAUUCCAGCGCUCUAGGUCAAUUCCAGGUCAGGUUGGAUCUCCUCGAGACUUUCAGGGUCAUCGUCGGUCAUAUCGCGUCUACGUUGGAUGGAUGGCAGCGCAAUGCUCUCAAACGCGUCGAACUUGUCUUGGCGUCCACUCGGAGAUACUAUCAAUUGUUUGCAGCCCAGCUAGCCGGAUCUCUGGCGGACCAAAGAGGAGGACUUGAGAAAGAUGUUCAGGCAUUCAUAAAGCUCGCCAGCUGGAAAGACGUCAAUGUUCAAGCCCUGAAGCAAAGUGCUCAGCGAACGCAUCAUCAACUCUACAAGCUGAUCCGCAAAUUCCGGGAGAUCUUGCGUCAGCCCAUCGCUGGGCGCAUGUUGCCAACAUUCGCUGGUGAUGCUGAAUGCACCCAGUCAAUAGAUGCUCUGGAUUACUCGGGAGAUCCGCUCUCCAUAGCAUGCACUCUGCAGCGCGGCGACUCUCCACAACCGAACGAAACCCAUUCCACUCCUUCUCACCUGGCCAAUUUAAACCAGACACUCGCGAGAUUCCAUGGGCUUAUGAACAGUCGUAUUCGGGCUUUCCUACGCCGACGUCUCCCUCAUCAUGUUGACCAACUUGCGGUCGAAAUCAUCCUCACCGCACGAGACCUAGCAGCAGAAGGCGUGCCCCUAGAUCUUUCUAAGGAGAAACGAGAAAAAUACGUGAAGGGCCUGUUGGUUCGCAAGAGGAAGGCUUUGAGCGAUCUCCUGAAGGAGCUCAAACGUGCUGGUCUCGCUGCCAAUGUCAAACCAGAAGUGCUCGCCGAGCUCAGAGAUGAAUGCUGGAUACGAGAGCAACCGUCGAUGCCUCCAGAAAGCUCAGUACAUGUUGAGAAGGGGGAGUAUUACUUCGACCGCCUUCGUGGUGCUCUUCCGGCAGUCAGAGUCUUGGUUUCUCAUCAUCACUCAGACAUAAGCACUCGCGAUCUGCUUCGAGGCUGUCAACAGCCUUUCAGUGUUUCAUCAACAUCAAACGCACUCGGCAACGCCGUGCAUGCUUUUGAAGAACUUCUCCAAGGAAUCCGCCUUUUCAUCGAGAUUCAGGAAGACCAGGGCGCUGCACCAUCAGUCAUGGUUGAGGUCCAAUCAGUUUAUGCCAAGACACGACUUCUUCAUGACCGUGCUUCGGAGGUUUUCCAGGGAAGCCAGUGCACAAUGCCUACGGUGCUGCCUGGCGUUGAGCACGCCACUAUUAAAGAAGCUGAUGAACAUUUCCGUGCCAUUCCCGACUACCUCCAAAAGAUGAGAACGACGGAGCCACGACUCAGCUACAUCUUGUCUCCCAUCGAGCACUGGCUUCGUGAUCAAUACCUUUCUACAGAUGCCGAGACAGCAUCCGGAGCUGCAGAGUCAUUGGGUGCGGAUGUCAUAAUCGAGACGCUUUUGGUUACAGUGCAAUCCCUUUUGAAAAGAUGUCCGGAAGGAUCUACCGACGAGCCUCUUGAUGAUGAAGCCCAGGAUAAUUUCAUCCGUGAGGACUUGCACACGAUUUCAUGCUUCACCCAAUCCUUGGACCUUCAAGUCCUCUUGGAACGGCUGGAUGUUAUGACGACCCAUCUUUCCUCCCUUUCUCAAUCCGACAUUCAGGCAAGCCUUCGGCGCCUCCUUCCCUUUCUCCAGUGCUACAUUUCUUUCGUGGGAGAACACCUCGUGGUGCACAGCAAGGCUUUUGUUUGCCCCCGGAUGCAACUGAUUCAGGUGACGGCGAAGGUGGCACCGAGACUAACGGUGGAGUGGGGCCUAGGUGAGGGAACGGGAUUGGAGAACGUAAGUAAGGAGAUCGAGGAUGAAAGUCAGGUUGAAGGAUUGAAGGGGGAUCAAGGUGAAGCCCAAGAUGACCAGGCGCACGGAGCUGAUGAUAAUACCAUCGAGAUGAGCGAGGAUAUUGGUGGGGAGAUGGAAGAUGUGCCAGACGAUGGAGCUCAGGACGGAGAUCAGGAAGAAGAUGAUGGCGAUGAGCAGGAGGAGCCGGAUGAGCAGCUGGGGAAACUUGAUGCAGGUGAUCCGAAUGCAGUCGACGAAAAGCUAUGGGGCGACGAAUCUGCGGAAUCAGAUUCUGCGGACCAGGACCAGGUCCCUCAAGAUCGCUCAGAAAUGCAGGAGAAGGAGUCAGAGGUUGUAGCCAAUGAGCACAACCAAUCAAAGAAAGAGGGUGGCAAGGAGAAGGAGGAAAAGAAAGAUGGAACGAUGGAUGAAAAAAGUGAGGAGAUCGAAGAAGGCGAAGAACCCGACGAAAACUCGGAGGCCCCAAAUGCGAAUGGCGCGCCCAUGGAUGAGUACAUUCCCGAUGCCAACACCCUGGAUCUGCCUGAUGACAUGGCUCUGGAGCCCGACGAACAAGGGGAUCAAGGAGGACUCGAUAUGGGAGAUGAAAUGGAUACGGAGCUGGAUGAAGAUGAACAACACGCCGACGAGAUGGAGGAAACGGACCAACUCGGAAAACACGAGUCCCCAGAGGAUGUACCGGAGCCUGAAUCGCAAGAAAACCAGCUGCCAGAUCAGCCUCCCAAAGCUGCAGACAAUGCAGACAAUGUAGAGGAAGACGUCGAGGAAGGCGCUGUCGCUCAGCCAGAUGUCUCGCCUGGAAGCGGAGACGCUGGGAACAAGGACAACGAGCCGCAGGCUAAUGAUAGUGCACAACAAGGGCAGGCUGGCGACGCAUCUGGUGAUGAAAUGAAGGACGAUGCCGCAGCAGCUGAACAGAGUAUCAACGAGACUUCCGAAGAAUCGAAGCCAAGAGAUGAUGCUGAACCCUCAAAGCCACGGUCUUCUACCGAUACUGCCACGAAACCGGGUACAUCAGCGGAGGGCACGCAGCAUGGUGGAGCCUAUGCCCGCCAACACACCGAAGUCACUACGAACCCUAUCCGCAACCUUGGUGAUGCACUCAAAGAGGUACAACAGCGCUUCGAAGAUAUCCUGGGCGGCGGGGAGUCUUCCCCUCUUGCCGCAGACCAAGCUGCUGAGCAGGUGGAGUAUGCAGAUGCGGACGAGGAAAUGCAGGCUCUGGGUGCGGCAGGCGAGGAGCAGGUCGCGAAGCUGAAUGAGCUAAGGCUUGUUGAUGAGGAAACAGAGGCAGUUGCGCUACCCAUGGACAUCGAUGCUCCCCCCACGGAUGAGCUCGCGCCACCGCCACAGCCAUUGGCCUCAUUGCAUACGGAGCCAGCGACUGAGGGAGCACACCCCGAACAUGUUUCCUCACGCCGCGAUCCUUCGUCCUCACAAGCGGAUGUCGAUGAAGACAUGGAACAGUCCGGUCCAGACAGCUCCUUUGAAAACAUAGAGGCGGCCCUCCGGACCUGGCAGGAUUCAGGCUAUACUUGCGAAGACGCCGAGUCUCUUUGGCGGCUUUACACAUCCCUCACACACGACCUCUCUUACGCUCUUUGCGAACAAUUGCGCCUUAUCCUUGCACCCACCUUGGCCACUCGUCUCAAAGGCGACUACCGGACAGGCAAAAGGCUCAACAUGAAGAAGAUCAUCCCUUACAUCGCCUCUGACUACACCAAGGACAAGAUCUGGCUUCGGCGCACGCGCCCCCAGCCAGCGCGAACACUUGCCCUCGUGAGCAACGCCAUGGGAAAACUUGAGGUCGGCGACGUUGCAAUUGCUAGAUUCGGCGAGGGCAUGGAGUUACUUCAUGGCUUCGACGAAGGACCAUUUACGGAUGCUGCUGGUGCAAAAACGCUCGGCGCGUUCAGAUUUGAACAGCGUGCAACGAACGUCCUGGAUAUGGUAGAGACGAGCCUCCAGGUGCUAGAGAGCGCCAGGGAAAGAAGGGCCACCGGGUCGGCAAGUGCAGGUGAACUAUGGCAACUCGAGAUCAUCAUUUCGGACGGUAUCUGUCAGGAUCACGAGCGUUUGCGGCAGGUGCUGAGACGGGCAGCAAGCCAACGCGUCAUGAUCGUGUUCAUCAUUAUUGACUCACUGCACUCGACCUCCACUUCUGGGCAAGGGCAAACACAAGACGCUUCUGCUGUACAGAACUCGAUCGUUUCGAUGAAUCAAGUUGCCUACACGAUGAUCAACGGGCGCAUGGAGCUUCAGGUGGAGAGGUAUCUGGAUUCUUUCCCAUUUGAUUACUACGUUGUGUUACGAAGCGUUGAGGCACUGCCUGAAGUACUGUCAGAUACGCUUAGACAGUUUUUCGAAAGGAUCUCGGAAGAGUAG